CCCAGAGUCUCGACGUGUCCCGAUGGCUUGCGGGCCGCCAGGCCGGAGGGGAAAGUGAGGGAAGCGCAGACAGGAGGCUUGGAAAUUAAUGAUUGACAGCCCACUCAAAUCCUCCGGCCCGAGCACCCCAGACCCACCAGCCACUCCAGAAGCCUGUCGGGGCGGCCUCAGACACUGGACAAGACGCCUCCAGACAUGGAAAGAUCCCACGGGGUCAUCCUUUGCUUCUUACUCUGUCUUCUACUUGAAGCCAGCCUCUGGGGACUUGCAUUAGCAGGCCCCAAGGAGGCACAGAUACGGACAGGACCGACGCAGAUCAGACCGGACCGGACCCAGACCCGAUUCCUGCUGUUCACGGCCUCCGGGGAUGUCCGCUGCCACCUCCAGCUGGGCCACGCUGGCUCUCUGGAUCAGUGCGGCUUCAACGCCUCGCUGCCCCUGGUCAUCAUCGUACACGGCUGGUCGGUGGACGGCCUGCUGGAGAACUGGAUCUGGAAGAUGGCGGACGCGUUCAAGUCGCAGACCACCGGGCCGGUCAACGUGGUGGUGGCCGACUGGCUCAGCCUGGCCCACCAGCACUACGCCAUCGCCGUCCGCAACACGCGCCACGUGGGCCAAGACAUCGCCCGCUUCCUCGAGUGGCUGGAGGACGCCGUGCACUUACCCCGGAGCCGCGUCCACCUGAUCGGGUACAGCCUGGGGGCUCACGUGUCCGGCUUCGCGGGCAGCUCCAUCCGCGGCCCUGCCAAGAUCGGGAGGAUCACAGGUCUGGAUGCCGCCGGCCCCAUGUUUGAAGGCACCUCGCCCGCCGACCGCCUGUCUCCCGACGACGCCACCCUGGUGGAUGCCAUUCACACCUUCACGAUGGAGCACAUGGGGCUGAGCGUGGGCAUCAACCAGCCGGUGGCCCACUACGACUUCUAUCCCAACGGGGGCACCUUCCAGCCCGGCUGCCACUUCCUGCACAUGUACCGCUACAUCGCCAAGCACGGCAUCAACGGGAUCGCUGAGAACGUGAAAUGUGCCCACGAGCGGUCGGUCCACCUGUUCAUCGACUCACUGCUGCCCAACGCCCUGCAGAGCACGGCCUACAGCUGCAGCAACAUCCACACCUUCAAACGCGGCCUCUGUCUCAGCUGCGACAAGGGCCGCUGCAACAUCCUGGGCUACCACAUCCGCCCGGAGCUUCCCCGGCCCCAUCAGAACAACCCCAAGAGGUUCUUCCUGCUCACCAGGGCCCACGCCCCUUUCAAAGUCUACCAUUACCAGGUGAAGAUCCAGUUCAUCAAUGAAAUGGGGAAUCGAGUGGAACCCAUUUUCGCCCUGACCCUGAUAGGGACCAAGGGGGUCGCUCCCGAGCUAUCCAUCACCCCGGCGGAGGGGAUCAGCGGGAACAAGACGUGCUCCUUCCUGGUCCCGCUGCAGUGGGACGUGGGCGAGCUGACCACUCUGCAGUUGCGGUGGGAAGACCCGGUCCCGUGGGCCGGCAUCUGGGACGCAGUGCAGGCACUCGUCUCCUGGGCCCCUGGGUCCCCGCAUCCGCUGCUGACCGCCAAGACCAUCCGCAUCAAGGCUGGGGAGACCCAGCAGAAGAUGAUCUUCUGCCCGCAAAACCCGGAUGAUCCACAGCUGCGCCCGGCCCAGGAGAAAACCUACAUCAGGUGUGAGGCCAGAGCCAAACGCACCAGUCUAUGAUCGUGACUGAGAGAAAACGAGAGAGAGAGAGAGAGCGAGAGAAAGCGAGACAGAGAUCCAUCGUGGGGAGCUCCCAGACGCCUCAGCAGUCCCCACUCCAGAAAACAAUCCCCCUGCUCCUCUGUGAGCCUGGCAGAGUGUGUGAAUUAAAGUCUCGAUUCUGUCAA